AUGGACAUAAUCCCAGGGCGCGCGUGGAAAAGCUCCUUCUUUGGCAGAUUAAUGAAGCGAGGCACGCGCUUCAACCAUCUGCUUUGCGAACAUCAUCACAGAUGCCAUAUUGGAACGGGGGCAGCAGCUGAAAGGCGUCGCGCUGUUGAGAGUCGAGCGGAGAGAGAAGGAGCCUCAGCCCGGGACGCACUGGGACUAAACUUGGACAGUCGCCUUCAGGAAGUCAAGAAAUGA